ACGUGACUGCAACAUCCGGUUUUCUUGUUCUUGAAAUACAAAAAAAAAAUUAUCAUCUCUUUCAAAAUGACAACAGUGGAGAGGUUGCCUAAUGAAGAAAAUUUUAAGCUACCUGACAUCAAAGGAAUAUAUGAAGGGAAAUUUACGGAUAGAAAUCCUGAUAUAAGAACUGCAGGAAAGCUAACCGCAACAGGAGAAACAGCGAAACAAUGUAUGAAAGGAGAGGAACCUAAGUCGAGCACUCCUGACAUAGUUAUGAGAUUCCGAAAUUAUGUUAAACCAGAUUAUGGCAAAAAAACCGUUCAUUAUGGUCAAGCAUAUGAUCCCCACCUUCAAUGGGCAAAAGAUAUGGUUCAUGGAGCUGUUAGUAAACCUUCACAUAUAGCUGGAGACCUUUUGAAUCCUUUGCCUCAAAGUAGAUUUCGCCAGGCAAAAGUAAGUUUAAAGUGCUUGUAAAUGUAUGAGAAAAUUGACCAAAAAUCCAAUAAACAGUUAGAGAAAAAAGAAGAUAUUUAUGAAUCCCAUCAGAGAAAACCUUUAGGAACUUUCCCCAAUCCAGAGAAAAAUUUUCCUGAAGGAAUGGAUUACGAAGGCAAAAUAUAUGGUAUAAAAAGCGAAAAGGGCCAUAGAGCAAAGGAAUCGCUAAAUCCUUCAAAAAAUUAUGAUGAAGUAGAAAAAGAAUAUGAUGAUAAACGAGAUUUAUAUAGAUUUUCUCAUAAAUCUUAUAAUGCUGGUGAACAAAAGCACCGUAGCUACAUAGCUCCUCCGUAUAAUCGAUGUCAAAAGUAUGGCAAACCCACUCCACAUGAUAAUGCAGGCAAAUUAACAGCGAAAUCGUUAAAAUGGAUUGAUCAGUGUUGUGGAAAGGAAGCAACUCCGGUUGUUCAAAAAAGGGUUGAUAGUUUCCGGGAGAGAACGCAACCACAACUGGGAAAACCUCUUGAUCCAAUCAAAGAUACAAUGCACGUUCCGGAUGAUCAUACUUUUGGAGUAUUAUUACAACCAGAUGAAUAUGGAGUUGGAGAUCUCCUUCAUGGUCGCGCACCUAAACAUUAUUUACGUGGUCAGGAAAAGGAGAGAGGCUUAAUUGCUGCCAUAAGAUCAAACUUAAAGAAAGCAAAUUAUCAAAAUUUUAAUAAUCUCGUACAGGCCUUUUGUCUCUAUGAUCCGGAUGAAAAAGGCUAUAUAACAGCUACUGACCUUAAGAACGUUUGUGAACAAUUUCAGCUACCUAUUGAACUGGAGCUAUUGGUUCAAUUGUUUGAUUAUUGUGAUGUAGACAGAGAUGGACGUAUAAACUAUAUUGAAUUUUCUAAUUUUUUAAAUUGGAAAGACAAACUACCAACUGGCUUACCAGAUCGAAUAAGCUCAGCAGACCAUUUCCACAAGAGGCUUCAAAAACAAAUUGAUAAAGCAAUUGUUGACCAAAAAACUUCUUCUCAAAUGAUUAACUCUGUAGUUGGAGGUGUUUCCACAAAGUCAUUUCGAAGUUAUGGAGUACCGUCAAUCCGAAAUGACCUACCAGCGCCAAAAAUAAAAAAGUGUGAUGAUAGAACGAACUAUGGUGAUGAGAGUGAUGCCUUUGGUCUGUUGCAGCCAUCCAUAUUUUCGAGAUAUGGUGUUUAUGAGAGAGAUAUGUUGUCCCAUAAAAGUCGAGAUGAGAAUACGCGUAUUGAUACUGAAAGAGAAGCCGAAAAAUUAUCAUGCUAA